CUCAGCGUCGCACCGACAGCCCGAGAGCCAUGCUCUGUUGUGGCCGCAGAAAAGAGGGGCGGGGAGAAGUAACAGACAUAAGUGCGAGCCCUGGCCGUCAGGCACCUACCAACCAGUUGCGUCCCAAAGAGCCACCUCCUAUGGUCAUCCAGGGGGACUUCAGAAAGGUCAGCGGAAUAAGUACAGAGAUCUUCAAGCAGAUCGAAACAGUAGAGAACGACCAUGACGCCUCGACAGCGGCUGCUCUUGAGACCGUUGAGAGACGUGGAGAAAUGGUGGUGCGUGUCAUCGAACCACGACAAAUGGGUAGGCAGGCAAUGGAGAUUGCUAAAAAAUUCAUCACGUCGCAGGAUCCGAAACAUCCCGUUCAUUUUGUUGAGAUAAUAAAGCGGCCAGGCCAAACACUGGGUUUGUAUAUUCGGGAAGGGAACGGAGUUGAUCGCAAUGAUGGUGUAUUUAUAUCAAGAAUAGCAUUGGAAUCCGCCGUAUACAGCAGCGGGUGUCUGAAGGUGGGUGAUGAGAUUCUAGCAGUAAAUCUUGUUGACGUGACGCACAUGAGUUUAGACGAUGUUGUAAUUAUAAUGUCAAUACCGAGGCGAUUAGUUUUGGCCACGCGACAUGGCUCCCAUCAGUCGGUCUCGCACAGUCGUCAGACCGAGCACAAGGCACCACCAGUUGUCGUUAUUAAACGAGAACUUAAUGAGGAUGAGAGUGAUCACGCAACGGGUAAUCAUAUAAGGGACAGUAAUAGACGAAGAGGUGAUGGCAGAGAAAUGCUUCCAUCUCGAUCUCGACUGGGUCUUACUGGUCUGGGCUCGAGCCAAGAUCUUGGCUCAAGUAAUGGCGAUCUUUACUACAACUCAAGACCAGAAGUUGGCUGGUCUUAUCAACCUCCACCCCCACCUGUUAUUACUAAUCAACCGAAACCCUCGUCUACUCAACAUUUUCAACCCUAUGAACGUGGCUAUCCGAAGACACUGGAAAGUCUGGCUGAAAAAGAUUUCACGAAGGUUCACUCAUUCUACACGGGUCCCGUGAUGCCGACAAAUGGCACUCGGAGAAUGUCGGCUGGUACUGGUAUGCAGACCAUUGGAACACGGCUCACAGGUCAAUCACAGGGUUAUGGGUAUUCCCAACAUACUCCAAGUGGACGAAUCAUGCCGAGAAGUGGAUCAGAUCAGCAUUUACCAAGAGUGGAUUAUACAAGUAUCACAACGCCUGCGCGGCACACACUUCUCAGAUCAAGUUUGAAAACAGGUUCUUCAGCAUUAAGAUACAGUACUAGAUACAGCGCUCAAACCGAUGGUACAUCGACAGGGCAGAGAAGUCAAAGUCAAUUUGGUACCCUUACAAGGCGUCAUCGUCCGUCCCUGGAUUAUGCAUCAGACACAGAAGCAACAUGUUCAAGCUCACCAAGAUCGGCAUACUAUUAUUAUCGUCAAAAUCUACGAGAUCAACCACCGCAUAGUGCAGUAUCACAUCUAGCAACCCUUUCACGAUCCCAGAUUGGUCACAGUUCAGCUGGUCUGAGAACAAAUUCACUUCCAAGAAGUGGUAGGGCAUUGCCACAGCAGCCUAGUCUUAGGACGGGUCUUAGUACUGUUGCUUCUGGGCUUAUUGAUCAGGAGGACAGCGAUGGCGCAUUGUCGGCACCCGAAAUGCCUUCUAUAAGAAGGGACAGAGGAAGGAUACCCUCAUCACCAAGUGUAUUCACUUCUGACGAAUAUCGAGCGUGGUUGAGCCGAACUCCUAGCACCAGUGCACUUUACGAACAGAUUAGGGCGACGAAUAACAGACCACCGAGAUACACGUACAGUGCAGAGAAUAUUCACGCAGCUGUCAAUCAAGCAGAUUAUGGGACGUACGGUGGAUAUCGACCUCUUUCAAGUACUCUCGAUCGUCUAUCAACAAGGUCAGCAUCAGCACAACAGGUAAAUCUCGCUAAUUUGCGUGCUUCCACGGCUAUCAGCUCAACGGGUCACCGGCCAGGGUCAGGACCGAGACCAGCAUCAGUUGCUUCCAGUGCUAGAUCAGCAUUAGCUAGUCAAAAGUCAUCAUUAAGCGCCGCAGCUAGUCAGCGCGCAAGUUCAGUUAGGAGAAUCAGAAAUUUAUUGGAGUUGGAGCAGACGAGGAAUAUUCCAACACCAACCCCAACGAGAACUCAGGAUCAAAGACUGCUAGAUAUUAAUCCUGCAGAGUUCCUCAAGUAUAAGAUAGAGAAACCACCGACUGUUGGGACACCUAGCUCAACAAGUUCAAUAUUGAGUUCUCUCGGUGAAACUGCUGGUAGUGAUUUCUCAAGUGGUAUCAGCGGUUUACUUUGGGUCCAUUUACUCGCUGGUCGUGGUUUACGUUCCACGACAUCUUCCUCGGCGGCCACAACGCCUUCCACACCAUCUGGUCAGCCUAGUUUGGGUAGUUGUGGUUUAAGAGACUUAUACUGCGUGCUUGAAUGUGAUCGAGUCCACAAAGCCCGAACAGUAGUACGCACUGGUGACCUCAUGUUUGAUUGGGACGAGACAUUUGAACUUGAUCUGGUCGGCAAUCGACAACUCGAUUUACUCGUUUACUCCUGGGAUCCACAGCACAGGCACAAACUGUGUUACAAAGGUUCUGUACAUCUUGCAACGCUUCUCAAAGAAUCCCCAGCCCAUCAACUGGCGCUUAAAGUAGAACCACGUGGAACUAUUUAUCUCAGGCUGCGAUACACCGACACACACCAAACGUUCAAACGCCGCGGAUUACCUGUCAUUUCAUUAGCUACAAGAGUUGCACCACUUUUCGGGGUUGAUCUUGACACAGUGGUAAGUCGAGAAAACAAAACUGGUGGAGUUCCUGGGGGUGUUUCUACAGCACUGGCGAUGACCGGAGCUCAAAACGUUCCCAUAAUUGUGUGGCGAUGUGUGGAGGAAGUAGAAAGAAGAGGCUUGGAUAUAAUCGGCUUAUACAGACUUUGCGGAUCAGCAACGAAAAAACGAAUUUUACGGGAAGCAUUUGAGAGAAAUGCACGAUCAGUCGACCUAUCACCUGAUAAUGUCCCAGAUAUUAAUGUUAUAACUGGGGUCUUGAAGGAUUAUUUGAGGGAAUUGCCAGAACCACUUUUCACCAAGUGCCUCUACCAAAUGAUGGUUGAUGCGUUGGCAGUUUGCUUGCCAGAUGAUCCACAGGGGAAUGCAAAACUUAUGUUCAGUAUUCUUGAUUGCUUGCCUAAAGUGAAUAGGUGUACACUCAUCUAUUUAUUAGAUCAUCUCGCCCUGGUCAUCUCUCAAUGUAAUAAGAUGUCGCCAGCUAACUUGGCAGUUUGUUUCGGUCCAGUUUUAAUGCUGCAUGCGGAAGAUACAAGUCCACCUCUUGAUUUCCAGCAACCAAUAGCUGUUCUCAAGUAUCUACUAGAAAUAUGGCCAGUGAAGUCAGUUCGGAAGAUUUCUUCAAUCGCUUCAACAAUUACUCGAGUUUCGCAAGUAGGACAAGUAACCAAUCGUCAGCACCAGCAGCUUCCUCAAUCCUCCCAUCAGCCAUCUCAUCAAUUACCAGCGUCUCAUCAGGGAACAUUGCCUCGAACCGGGCUGCCUUGGCAGCAGCCACCCUCACUUCAUCAUCAACCCUCCACAUCAACCACAACAGGACACACCAACCCAUUCGUUGCUACCAUUCGUCCGCCGCCCCCGGUGAAACCACGCCAGGUGAUAGUAUCAUCUCCAGGUUCACCUAGCAGCGAGGAAUCUGCUUCCCCUGAGCCCAUAAAUAAAGCAACUCGAAAUGGUGUGAGUUUCGAAAACGGUGUGACAGUCACAUCAGCGUCAACAAGGUCAACAGCAGCAUCAACAGUAACACCUAUAAUAAUGGAGCAGAUAACUCCAACAAGCAGUAUAGAUACUGAGGAAGGUAAUACAAGGCAAAUUGAGGAGGGUGAGAGAGGAGUAGAGGCAGACGUCGAAGCCAGUGAUGAUGAUCUCAUUUCCAAGAGAAACAAAUCGUAAUAUUGUUAGUUUUGCAACAAAUUCUCAUCAGGAGAGUACAUCAAUGAGAAAUAAGCCCAAUGAUUUUUAAGCAAAUAGGGAGGAUAAGGAAAAUGUGAAUGGGAAUAAAUGAUAGGUAAGGCAAAGAUCCGAGUAAUGUGUAAACAAAAUUGAUAUUGAACAUACUUACCGAUAAUUAUUAUUAAUGAUUAUCAUGAUCAAUAAUAAAUUUAUUAUUGGUAAAGAAAUGGUUAUGGAAACAGUGGAAAGUCAUAUCAAUGGACGCUACAAUGCAUCUACUUCAUUGAGCUCAUUACGAAAAUGUCAAAUCAUUGAUUGAAAGGAAUAGUCAUUGAAAAUUUUAAUUUUUAUACGUUUUUCCAUA